AUGGGUGUUCUAAUGUCCAAGAAGCAGACAGUGGAGCAGGUGCAGAAGGCCAGUGUGGUGGUGUCGGCUUUCAAAGACGGGCUGAAGGACAAGGGGUCAACCAGGAACCGGGCUGAGCCACCCCGGAGCAAGCCAGAGGUCGAGGAGACCAGUCAAGGACAGGAGGAGGAGCUGGCUGGAGGAUCGGAGCCCAAGACACAGGAGGCAAAGAAGAACCAGGCAGCUUGGGAGAGGCUGAGGGAUGGCAAGGGAGUGGAGCCUGAGGAGCUGGAGUGGAAUGACCGGGCAACUCCACCUGCCUUCAAUAGGCCCAAGAGACAACUUGGAGAUGACGAGUCGAUUGAUAUUAAGCUGCAUGAGAAAGAGGAGGUAGUCAAUGAUGAGAUGUGCGAUGUCUGUGAGGUCUGGACAGCGGAUGACCUUUACCCCUGCAGAAUCUGCACCCGUGUCUUUCAUGAUGGUUGCCUGCGGCGCAUGGCCUGCCUCAGCCCCAGCAGCAUCCAGGAGCUGAAGGAGUCUGCCCACACUACGGUGGGCUGGAGCUGCCAAUACUGUGAUAAUGUGAACCUGCUGCUGACUGAUGAGGAGAUGUUUAGCUUGAAGGAAGUUUUCCGACAAUGCAGGAUCAUCCCAGAGUCCUGUCUGACACUGGAUGAUUUUCUGCAUUACAAACACUACAUUCACAAGCAGAUCUUUGAUGAACAGAUGAAUGAGGAGAAGGAGGAAUUAGUUGUGUUGCAGUUUUCUGCUCUGGAUGGUGAUAAGAAGGGCCAGGUGGAGUGGACAGACUUCCUGUAUCACGAGUCAUUACUGGUAUUGCAGAGGUUCCGGUCCGAGAACUCCUUGCUGAGACUGCUGACAGCCAAGGAGCACAUGCGAGCUCGGAGCAGCUUCCUGAGCCUGGAUCAAAACCAAACAGGCUCAAUCACCGGGGCCGAGUGUAGGAGAGCACAGAACUCCUGGUUCUGCAAAAAUUCCAAGGAGUCGCAAUCCUGCAACGUCAGCAUUAGUCAUGUUGGACCCAUCUCUGAGAGCAGCCCAGCCAGCAGAGGGCGUGGGAGGGCACAGGAGAAGACCCUGCUCAGCCGAGAGCAGGAGGAGAACAGGCGUGUAGACUGGAAGACAUUCCUGAGGGAAAACGCGAUCUACAUCCUCGCUGCUCGGCCCAACAGCCCUGCCAUACACCUCCGGCCCACCAUCUAA